AUGCGGAAAUACUUUGUACUUACAAUGCUUGGUGCUGUCUUUGCCAGUGAGCUUUUUGCUAAGGAAAAUCUGAACAUAGAAGCCCUGGCACAGAUAGAAAAGAGUGACACUCAGACUAAGAGCGUGCAAACUAGCGAUAGCAUACCAUCUGCAAAGAAGGAGGAGCAGAAGCCGUCUGCCUUUUCUUUCCUGAACAUUUUUAAUAGAUCGUCCAGCUCUUCAGCGCCUUCCCCGACUUCAACCCAGAAGGUAAAACCGUCGAAUUCCACCAAAGACGCCACGCCAAGCGAGAAGAAGUCCAGCGCUUCUGAAAAGUCUGACAAAUCGGAGCAGGGCAGCGUACUCUACAUAAAAGGCCCGCAGACGGACUCUGACUCUGAGAAGGAGGAAAGCAAAAAGACGUCUAGCAAGAAGAGCCAGACUACAAAGAAGCAAGAAAAGUCGCCUGCAAGCAGCAAGAGCGGGUCUUCUUCUACCAAGACAGUGACUAUCACCGAGAUUCGGGUUGUCACGGUGUACAGGCCGCUCAUGCCAGCAUCCACUCCCCAGCCAGACGACAAGAUGAAGACUCUCUGGCACGAAAAGUCUGUGCUUGUCUCCAGCCCAAAGAACAAGGAGCAGAUUGCUGCAACUGUCAUGGAAGAGAACCAAAAGGCCCUUGAAAAACUGCAAAAGCAGAAAAAGGAGACGGAAAAGAAGCUGCAGUCCCUGGAUGAGUCUCUGAAAAAGCUCGACAAUGCGAUUUCUGUCACACAAACUCAAGCUGACUUUGAGAAGGCGCAGACCAAAAAGGACAAGGCGGUCCUGAAGAAUGCGCAGAAGGAGUUUUCUACCAAGAGCAAAAACGCCAAGAAGGAAAUUGAUUCUCAAAGCAAAAGCACUUCCAAGAAGGAGGAGACCCUGAGCAAGAAAAAGGACCAGCGAGCCGACAUUUCCGAGCGCAUUCAGGUUAUGACGAAGCAAAAGAAGCAUCUGGAAAAAGCCGAGAAGAGUCUCAAAGAGACCAUAAAAAGCAAUCAAAAGGAUAUCGAGAAGGACUUGAAGAAGCAGGCUGAGCAACUUGAUAAACUGGAGAAGAAGGAAAAGACUCGGGAGAGCAAGGAAGAUGCCAGAGAGCAGAAGGAGAAAAAAGCCGAAGCAGAAACCCAGAACCAGAAGAAGAAGAUAAAGAAGGAGGAGGCAGAAACAAAAGAGAAAGAGAAGGAAAAGCAGAAGAAGGAAAAAGAAAAAGAAAAAGAAAAGAAGGAAAAAGAAAAGGAAAAGAAAGAAGAAGAGGAAAAGAAAGAAAAAGAAAAAAAACUACAAUCCUCUUAUGACUCUUCAAGCUCUGAAGGCUCUGGUGUAAGAAAAGGUCUUUUCCUCUCCAGCAAAAAGCUAAGCGACAGCGCAGGCACUAGAAAUGGAGGCGCACAGAAAAAGCCCGAAGCUUCAAGCAUAAGCAAUAACCCGCUCUCUCCUGCAAAAGACGACCCCAAACAGGCUAUUUCUCCAUUUUCCAGGAACUUUACAAAUGGCCAUUUAGUUGUGAGUGGAGCCCCCAUAACCGCAAGCCCUGAGAGCAUCAAAAAGGCAGAGCGCAUGUUCAAAAACUCGCUGGAUGCAGCAAACAAAAAGGUAAGUUCUGGGGAAAAAGUAAUGGCCUUCUGGGGGUACAUAACAUCUUUGCUGUCCUCGGUUAACCAAUAA